CGCCUCGAAUGGCGUUGCCACAGAAACUGUUAUCACCACCCCUUUUCCUCCCAGCAAGCUGUGCGACGCGUCGGGCCUCAUCCCCUUUGUGCCAUCCGGGUCUCUGGCGCGAGCAAUUUAGCCUGUGGUGAAGCUUCGGGACGACCGGUAGUGUUGAAAGUGGCAAGUGGCGGCGCCGCCGUAGCGGCCAGGAUUCUGGACUAUGGCGGCUAGCGAUACAGAACGAGAUGGACUAGCCCCAGAAAAGACAUCUCCAGAUAGAGAUAAGAAAAAAGAGCAGUCAGAUGUAUCUGUUUCUCCUAGAGCCUCAAAACAUCAUUAUUCAAGAUCCCGAUCAAGGUCAAGAGAAAGAAAACGGAAGUCAGAUAAUGAAGGAAGAAAACACAGGAGCCGGAGCAGAAGCAAAGAGGCAAGAAGACAUGAAUCCAAAGAUAAAUCCUCUAAGAAACACAAGUCUGAAGAACAUAAUGACAAAGAACAUUCUUCUGAUAAAGGAAGAGAGCGACUAAAUUCAUCUGAAAAUGGUGAGGACAGACACAAACGCAAAGAAAGAAAGUCAUCAAGAGGCAGAAGUCACUCAAGAUCUAGGUCUCGUGAAAGGCGCCAUCGUAGUAGAAGCAGGGAGCGGAAGAAGACUCGAUCCAGGAGUAGGGAGCGGAAGAAGUCACGAUCCAGAAGCAGAGAGAGGAAGAAAUCACGAUCCAGAAGUAGGGAAAGAAAACGUAGGAUUAGGUCUCGUUCCCGCUCAAGAUCAAGACAUAGGCAUAGGACUAGAAGCAGGAGUAGGACAAGGAGCAGAAGUCGAGAUAGAAAGAAGAGAAUUGAAAAACCAAGAAGAUUUAGCAGAAGUUUAAGCCGGACUCCUAGUCCACCUCCCUUCAGAGGCAGAAACACAGCAAUGGAUGCACAAGAAGCUUUAGCUAGGAGGUUGGAAAGGGCAAAGAAAUUACAAGAACAGCGAGAAAAGGAAAUGGUUGAGAAACAAAAACAGCAAGAAAUAGCUGCGGCAGCUGCAGCUACUGGAGGUUCUGUUCUCAAUGUUGCUGCCCUCUUGGCAUCAGGAACUCAAGUAACUCCUCAGAUAGCUAUGGCAGCUCAAAUGGCAGCCCUGCAAGCUAAAGCUUUGGCAGAGACCGGAAUAGCUGUGCCUAGCUACUAUAACCCAGCAGCUGUGAAUCCAAUGAAAUUUGCUGAACAAGAGAAAAAAAGGAAAAUGCUUUGGCAAGGCAAGAAAGAAGGGGACAAAUCCCAGUCUGCUGAAAUAUGGGAAAAAUUGAAUUUUGGAAACAAGGACCAAAAUGUCAAAUUUAGGAAAUUAAUGGGUAUUAAGAGUGAAGAUGAAGCUGGAUGUAGUUCAGUUGAUGAAGAAAGUUAUAAGACUUUGAAGCAACAGGAAGAAGUAUUUAGAAAUCUAGAUGCUCAGUAUGAAAUGGCAAGAUCACAAACCCACACACAAAGAGGAAUGGGUUUGGGUUUCACAUCUUCAAUGCGAGGAAUGGAUGCAGUUUGAAAAAGAUCACACUUUAAAAAUUUGGGACUUUAUAGACUUGUUAUUCUGAUGUCAGGUCCUUGUUCACCAAAUAGCUAGCUUUCUAGCUUGCAUGGGUGUUACAUUAACUUUAAUUUAUUGAAAAAUGCAAUUUUUUUUGUAAAUAUCAGAUCAGUGAUACUGGUGUUAGUGUUGUAAUCAGGUUAAACCCACUUCCAUUAAACUUGACAGGAAUAUAGGAGGACAAUAUUUUUUAGUUCACGGAGUCUACUUUUCAAAUACAUAAAAGCUGCAGGUGGGAUAAAAUCUCAUACAUGGAUUUUUCGUGUCCGCUGUCUUGUGUACUUUUGUACUUAACCUUGUACAGUUAUUUUCAUCUCUUGAAACAUGAAAGAAAUGUUAUGUAGAUGUUCUUUAGAAGAUUUGGUACAUAAUCCAGCAAAUAAGCUGGGUGGUGAUGAUAAUAAAAAUGGUUUUCUCAAAA